AUGGGCCUAGAAUGCCAUGGUCCCAUUUGGGUCAUUGAUGAUCUAACUCAUUGCUUCCAACGCAAAUCUCUGGCGAACGGAAGCGCUGACCCGGAUACUAUUGAGGAAGAUGACCUUGAAGAUGUGGACGACCUUAUUCUGCACAAGUCCGCCAGUCGCAUCUCCCAUGGCGACUUCGAAGUCAGCUACCCUCGAGGACAGCUUCUUCUAGUGACUUCAGAGCUUGCCGGAUUGUUGGUGGAAAUAGCCGUCUGUAUUACAGUCUUGGUCACGCAAUCCUGGGGUCACAAAGGUACAAUCGCCUCCAUAGCCAAACUGGCAUCCUGGUCAUAUAUCUUCCUCCUUGCUGCUGUGCGAUUCAUUCUCUCCGCGUUGGACAAGCAGAUCAGACCCCGACUCUGGAACCACACAGCUUCCCUCUACGGUGUUCAAUGGUUGUUGAUUGUUUUUGUCUUCCGCUCCGAGAUUAUUCAUCCUCAUUCGCAGCGUGCUCUUAUUCUAUCGUCAAUCGAGUUUGCCGUCUGUACGCUAUUGGUAUUACUUGCUACUACAACGCGAAGAGGAAACAAACCUGUGUUGCUUCAACGGGAGGACGGUCUGGAGCCCCCUCAUCAACCAUAUGCUAGUCUCUUGUCUCUCCUGUCUUUCGCAUGGAUUGAUCCUCUGAUUUGGAAGGGCUAUCGCCAAACACUAGAGCUAGAUGAUGUGUGGAACUUGACCGUAUCCCGACAUGCUGGUACAAUUCUUAAUGAUUUCCGCCAUAAAUAUAGAAGCUAUCAGUUGAUCUGGCGACUGCUGCGAUACUUUGAUCGGGAUCUUUUUGUUCAGGCCGCUUGGACCGUGUUUUCGAAUCUUUUCACUUUCAUCCCGACUUUACUACUCAAAGCUAUCCUCGAACACGUUGAGGAUCCGCGAUCGAGCCCACCAAACGCCGCGUGGCUUUUUGCUAUCUUGUUGUUUGUUUCUGGCGCUAUCCAAGGCAUCGCUGAUGGCCAAGCCCUAUGGAUUGGCCGAAACAACGUCGGCCUCAAGCUGCGUGCAAUUAUCAUUGGAGAAAUCUAUUCCAAGGCAUUGAGACGCAAAGCCGGUGCAUCCACCGAAACUGAGGAGGAGAAGGAUGACUCCAAGGACAAGAAGGACAAGAAGAAAUCCGACGACAAAAAAGAAGAUGGCUCCGCACCUAUGACGAGGAUUGGAACUAUCAUCAACUUAAUGGCUAUUGAUUCUUUCAAAGUCAGUGAAGUCUGCGCCUAUCUACACUUUCUAUGGGCAAGUGUACCUGUACAGGUGAUCAUUGCCGUUGCUCUGCUUUACCGUGUCCUUGGUUUCAGCUCUUUUGCUGGUAUCAUUCUUAUGGUCCUAAUCUUGCCUGUGAACGUUUAUAUCGCUCGCAGUUUCCGUCGUAUCCAGAAUGAAAUUCUCACCAAGACAGAUGCUCGUAUCCAUACAACUAAUGAAGUGUUGCAGAAUAUUCGCAUUAUCAAAUACUUUGCCUGGGAACGACGAUACAACGAAAUCGUGAAUGAAAAGAGAAAGGCAGAGCUCCGGUCUUUACGCUACAGAUAUAUCAUAUGGUCUUUUGCUGCUACUGUCUGGUACGGCACUCCGAUUUUAAUCACUUUCACCUCCUUCCUCCUGUAUACAGUCGUCGAAAAGAAGCGACUGUCGCCAUCUGUCGCUUUCCCAGCUUUGUCGAUGUUCUCCCUCCUUCGAGUGCCAUUAGAUCAAUUAGCGGAUAUGAUUGCCCACGUUCAAGAAGCCAAAGUAUCCAUCGACCGAGUAGAAGCUUUCCUGAAUGAAGAUGAGACGGACAAAUACAACCAGGUUCUCAGUGAUACGGACGAAUCAGGCGAGUCGAAGAUUGCGCUUGAAAAGGCUACUUUGACAUGGGGUGGCAAUUCCGGCACGCAAGAUCUCACAGAUGCUUUCCGGUUGAUUGAUGUCGACGUAUCAUUCAAGCUUGGCAGGUUGAAUGUGAUAGCUGGUCCCACUGGUUCAGGGAAAACGUCCCUUCUCAUGGCUCUGCUGGGUGAAAUGAAGCUCUUGGAUGGCCGAGUGUAUCUGCCUGGCGUAACAACUGAUCGUGCUGAACUUCCAGUCGACCCGGAAACCUUGCUCACCGACAGCGUCGCAUACUGUGCUCAAGAAGCCUGGCUCGUCAACGCUACAAUCAAAGAAAACAUUCUGUUUGCGUCACCUUUUGAUCAACAACGCUAUGAUGCUGUUAUCAAAGCUUGUGCGCUUGAGCGCGAUUUGCAGAUCCUCGAAGCAGGUGACCAAACGCUAGUUGGUGAGAAAGGCAUCAGUCUUUCAGGUGGCCAGAAGCAACGAAUCUCCCUUGCGCGUGCGGUGUACAGUCGAGCUCGACAUCUCUUGCUUGAUGACUGCCUCAGCGCCGUUGACUCACAUACCGCGAAGCAUAUCUUCCGGGAGGCUUUCACAGGCCCUCUCAUGGCACACCGUACCUGUAUUCUCGUCACACACAAUGUUGCACUUGCUGCGCCAGAAGCACACUACAUCGUCGUUUUGGACAAUGGCAAAAUUUCUAGCCAAGGAUCUCCCGAUGAGGUUGCAGCUUCUGGUGCCCUGGGAGAUGAUCUGAUGAAGUCACGGCCAACAUCGAGACCAGGCUCCAAAGGACCAUCUCGUACAUCGUCAGAUCUGGAAGAACAGAUCGAGAGAGCAAAUGGUGAGACCAACGGCAACACGAAUGGAAACGCUAAUGGCACAUCUAAACCUGUUCCUGACGGCAAGGCUCCGGCAGGUGAGGGCUCUGCUUCCAAUCUCACAGAGUCGAAAGCUACUGGUAGCGUUAAGUGGUCAACCAUACAGAUGUACCUGGCCUCGAUGGGUCCUUGGUACUAUUGGAUUGCUGGUGGCGGCGUUUUUGUUGCACAGCAAAUCGGCAAUGUCGCAACCAAUGUAUGGAUUCGACAGUGGGCAAAUGCCUACAACGUGGAACAAAUCGAUACAACAGAUGUGAGUGGUUAUGCGUUGAUGUCAAAUUUCAAACUCCCGUCCUUUGUAACCGGUAGUGUCUCGCAUCCAAAUGUCUGGAACGGGAUUCAGGCAAGUAGCGUGCGAGCUGAUACCGGAGACCAUGGAGUCAACGUCGCGUACUUCCUGGGCGUAUACGCGUUGCUUGGUUUCGUCUACGUGUUGAUCUCAAUGCUUAGAGAAUUGGUGCUCUUCUGGGGUUCACUUCAUGCUUCUUGGAGCUUGCAUCAAAAAUUAUUGAAGGCUGUGCUUCAUGCUAAAUUCAAAUUCUUCGACUCGACACCUUUGGGUCAAUUGAUGAACAGGUUUUCCAAAGACGUUGAAGCUAUUGACCAAGAUGUGGCUCCGAUUGCAAUUGGUAUGCUUCAUAGUCUAGCCUCAGUGAUCAUGAUUGUCAUUCUCAUUUCGAUCAUCACCCCGGGCUUCUUAAUUGCGGCUAUUAUCAUCACGCUUCUUUUCACUGCGGUUGGUGCGAUCUACUUGAACGCGUCUCGUGACUUGAAACGGUUGGAAUCCGUACAACGGAGUCCUUUGUACCAGCAAUUUGGUGAGACUCUGACUGGAAUCGUUAGCAUUCGAGCAUAUGGCGAUGCGCAACGUUUCAUGAUCGACAAUCAUCGCCGUAUCGACUCAUAUAACCGGCCGCAUAUCUACUUGUGGGCCGCCAACCGAUGGCUCGCUUUCCGUGUUGACAUGAUUGGCGCACUUGUUGCAUUCCUUUCUGCUGCAUUUGUCUUGAUGAAUAUUGGCCGUAUCGACGCCGGAGCUGCUGGUCUCUCCAUGACCUACGCUGUCACUUUCACAGAGAAUGUUCUCUGGUUGGUGCGUCUGUAUGCGGAAUCUCAACAGAGCAUGAACUCCGUUGAACGUAUUCGCGAAUACUUGGAGGUCGAACAGGAGGCAGAUCAAGUGAUAGAGGAACGCAGGCCACCAUCUGGCUGGCCCACCAAGGGAGCCGUUCAAUUCUUUGACUACUCUACUCGAUACCGUCCGGAUCUCGAUUGUGUGCUAAAGGAGGUGUCUUUCUCCGUUAGUGCGGGUGAGAAGGUCGGUAUUGUGGGACGUACGGGCGCUGGAAAGAGUUCUCUUGCUCUUGCACUUUUCCGUGGUCUGGAAGCGGUCAAUGGCAAGAUUGUGAUUGAUGGAAUCGAUAUCAGUACGAUAGGAUUGCAGGAUCUGCGUGAAAAUAUCACCAUCGUACCUCAAGAUCCUACUCUAUUCACGGGUACAAUUCGUAGCAAUUUGGAUCCAUUUGGUCUUUUUAGCGAUGAGCAGAUCUUUGUUGCGUUACGUCGUGUCCAUCUCAUUACCGAUACAGCUUCAGGAACUGCGACACCGUCAACUCUAGCUGCUCUCGAGAAUUCUGUGGAGGACGUCUCAGCAGCCCCUGAGAACAAAAACGUCUUCCGAAACCUCGACUCACCAGUUGCAGAGUCUGGCUCAAACUUAUCGCAGGGUCAACGUCAACUCUUGUGUCUUGCGCGGGCACUUCUCAAGAGUCCUCGUGUUCUCAUGAUGGAUGAGGCCACGGCAUCAAUCGAUUACGCAACCGACGCCAAAAUCCAAGAGACACUCCGUGAACUCAAAGAAAGCACAAUCAUCACCAUCGCCCAUCGCCUCCAAACAAUCAUCGACUACGACAAAGUCCUAGUCCUCGACCAUGGCCGCGUCGUAGAGUUCGACCACCCAUGGACGCUCAUCAACAAAGAAGAUGGCAGUUUUAGAAGCAUGUGUGAAAAUAGCGGAAAUAUGGAUGUACUACUCGAAGGAGCAAAAGGUGCAUGGAAAAGCAAAAGACUUGUUGAGACGGAUUGA